AUGGAAUCAAGCGACUCCGGCAAGUGGAAAGAAGCGUGUGACUCGGAGUUCGAUUCGCUUCAGAGAAACGACACGUGGGAAAUCGUGCCUCUUCCGAAAGGUCGCAAGGCCAUCGGGUGCCGAUGGGUUUUUCGUGUAAAGGAGAAUCAAGAUGGCGAAGUUGAACGUUUCAAGGCAAGACUUGUGGCCAAAGGAUUCUCACAGAAAUUCAGAGUUGACUAUGAAGAAACUUUCGCACCGGUGGCCAAGUUCACAUCGAUUCGUGUGGUGCUCAGUAUGGCGGCCAACUACGGCCUAAUGCUACAUCAGAUGGACGUCAAGACAGCGUUUCUUAACGGCUCCCUCAACGAAGACAUCUACAUGGACCAGCCGGACGGAUACCUGGAUGCAACACAGCCGGACUAUGUGUGCAAACUAAAGAGAUCACUCUACGGCUUGAAGCAAUCGCCUCGCAUGUGGAACCAAACAAUCGAUGGGUUCAUGAUCAAGAUGGGAUUCAAGAAGUGCGAAUCGGACCACUGCAUCUACAUCAAGCGAGACGACCAAGACAUGAUUCUCGUGGUGCUCUACGUCGAUGAUCUCAUCCUGGCCAGCAGCAACAACGAACUCCUCAAGUCAACCAAGAUGGCGCUGAGCAAACGCUUCGAAAUGACGGAUCUCGGUGAGCUCGAUUACUUUCUCGGCAUGGAGAUCAAGAACGACCGUAAGACGGGAAUGGUGACUGUACAACAAACCAAGUUUCUCAAGUCCGUUUUGACCAAGUUCGGAAUGGAUAACAGCAAGCCAGUGAAGACGCCUCAAGAUCCCGGCCUGAAGCUAACCAAGAACAUGUGUGAACAAGAAUGCAAGCACGAAGACACCAUGUGCAACGUGCCAUAUCGAAGUGCUGUCGGAGGCAUCAUGUAUCUCAUGGUCGCCACACGUCCGGAUCUAGCUGCUGCAGUGGGAUCAUUAUCCCAGUUCUCGUCCGACCCAUGCCCGACUCACUGGCAAGCUUUGAAGCGUGUGCUGAGAUACCUGCAAGCAACGCCCAAUCAUGGUCUUGAGUUUACACGUGAAGAAGGAAGCCGUAUCUGCGGGUACACCGACGCAGACUGGGCCGGCGACAUUGAGUCAAGACGAAGUACAAGCGGCUAUGUGUUCAUGAUGAGCGGAGGAUGCAUCAGCUGGAAAAGCCAGAAACAACGGACGGUCGCGCUAUCUUCAACAGAAGCAGAAUACAUGGCGCUUUCCGAAGCAACCAAAGAAGCAGUAUGGCUCAAAGUGCUUUUGGGGAACUUGGUGAGAUGA